AUGGCGUCUACAGCAGCCUCAACUGAAAGGGAAAACUUUCCAUCAUCGUUCAGCAGCAUGAAAUAUCAGUAUCCACCUGUGUUCAAAGACCUCCUCAUCCGCCUUGUCAAAUCUUUAACCAGUGAAAAUCGUGCAGCAUUCCAGUUUUGGUGUAAGGGUCUUCUCCCGGGCUCUAUGUUGGAUGGCGACAUGACCACUGAUGCUGAGUUCUUCGCAUUGAUCAAUUCCCUUCUGAAUUCUAAUGAAUUAUCUCUCACCAACAUGAAAGUGCUUAAAGAUUUCCUCUUAAGUAUUGGUCGUGAGGAUCUGCUGCAGGAGCUUAAGAAAGUAAAAUUGCAAAUCUCAAUUGGUAUCAUUUUAGAAGAUUACCUGAAGUUCAAAUCUGUUGAUGGCUUCCGCCAGGGCACUCCCAUGAAACCUUCUGAAAAUCACAGUAAUAUCGUGAAGCUUCUACUCACCUCUAAAGAAGAAAAUCUUCGCCUGAUUGCACAAAUCCUUGGACAGUUGAAACCACUUUGCUCCGAUCAAAACUUCGUGAAGAAAUUUACAAAUAUUGCUCUUCUUGGCUCAAAACUAUCGUGGCCGAUGAUUAACUCAUCUUUGGUUAUUAUUGGCGAGCUUUAUGCUUUGCUUACACCACAGUCAAGAAGUUUCGAGAGUGGUUUUUAUGUUUACCUGUUUUCCAUGACCAAGGCAAGCAAGUUGCUAUCAGAUUGGAUGUUUGAAAACGGUGGUUUGGUAAGUAUACUGGAGCUACAUACGCUUAAUAUAUAAAAAGCUCCCUGAAACAUAAAUUUGUGUGUCACGACGUUAAAUUACCUGAUUAGUGAACAAAAGUUUACACUUUCAUGUACAUAAAGAAAAAUGACAAAUCUUGAUUGCGGUAGCUGCAUGUGAUUUGGCUAACUUUUGUUUCUGCAACAGAUGGCAACCCUGGCCUAAAGGAAUACAUUGUGUCAGUGUUGUGAUUAUCCUUCGAAUUCAAUAUGCACAAUUUGCAGUUUUAGCGUACGUUGGUAAUGAGAAUAAAAACAGCAGAAGAAGAAGUGAUGAGCCAGUUUCAAUCAUCAUUUAUAGUUUUCUAUUCAACAUUUAUCUGCUUAAAGGGACGAGCAUUUGAGUGCAAAGUGCUUUUGUAAAGGAAAAAAGUUUAUUAAUUCUGCCAUGCUUGAGGUAUGCUAUUAAAUACUCAGGCCCUCCAAGGUGCGAAUUCUGUCCGCUUGUCUUCGAGCUAGAAACACCCAAAAACUGCUACCUAACUUUUCUUUUCUUGAGAAAAAUUUUGUUUUGCAUGAAGAGAAAACUAAAUGCCCAUAGUGGUUCAUUGCAAAUUUAACACCAUUCGAUGACUCUGGAAGACCUUUCAAGCAAACACAAUUGUUGUAUUCACAACGAGAGGUCAUUGGCAUGCAUGAAAAAAUAUACAUUACAGCAUAAAAUGUUGACAAGUUGUAAUUGAUAGCCUGCAAUCAAAGUCAAAGUCAUUUCUAAGCUAAACUUUUUUAAAUGUCAUCCAAAAUCCGUAUCAAUUAAUGCUCAAAUGUCCUUUCUUCAUUUGCCAGAAAAUGUAUAAUGAAUUCAUCAGCAAGAAACAACGAGCAACAAUCAGUGAAUCAGUGCCAUCUUCCCUUGGGAAAUCUCUGAAAGACAAAAUCGAGCUGCUUGGAAGUCGCGUGGGUCUACCGUUGAGAAAUUAA